UUUUAUGAUAUUCUGUGAAGAAUUGAGAUUAAAUAUGGAUGGAUGGGUGGGUUGUGCCAGGUGCCUGAUUGUGCUAAAACACAAUAUGAAUAUUCCUAACCAGUAGCAACUUUUGUACAGGAAGUAAAAAAUUCAGGCCAUGUGAUAUGGAAUUACUCAGUAGUUUUCUCUUUAUUUGCAAAUAAGCUGAUCUUUGUUAGUAAUAGUUAGUAAAAUUAAGCUCAUCAUGGAAAAAUUUGAGUUUGAUAAGUGGAUUAAAUUCUCUGAAAUAACAGAAGACUCUCAAAAGUGGCUCUUGUCAGAAGGAUUUGACAACAUUUCUUCACUUAUCAACAUGAGUAGUGAGGAUUUGGACGGUGUUGCAUUGAAAAAAGGUGAAAUACGAUCCCUACUAGCUGGGGUAAAACAGUUACAACGUGAGGCUGGCACUGGCCCCCUCCUUGAAGACAUUUCGAAAGUUCAGCCAGGAAAAUCAACAGAGGCUACGGUUGGAUUAAAAUUUCUCGAAGACUUACUUGGCAACAAACCAGCUACAGCUGCAGAACGCCAUCAGGCCGAUUACAUGGAUCCUCAAGUUUACCUCUUUAGGAAAGGAGAUAAAGGUAUGUCACUGGCUCUCAAAGAAGAAUUACAGCAAGAGGUAGCAAAGUAUAGACUACAAGCUUUCUCUGACAAUACAAAGAAAACAUACUCUUCUCAACGUAAUUCGUAUUUGCGUUUCUGUAAUGAACUUGGAUUACAA